CCCCAAACACAUUUCAUAUCAUAUAACUAAAACAACAAAAGAAAGAAAAAAAAAAACAUGGUCCUUCCUCCUCUUCCAACAACAAAUUCUGUCUCUUUCUUUCAGUUUCUUGCUAUUAAGUGACCCCCUCUUCAUAAAAGGGUAAACUUUAGUUUCUUGAUUUUUAUUUUCUUGUUGAAUGGAUUUUGGGGGUUUGGAUAGUUGUGGAGGUGGGGUGAUUUGUUCAGAUAAUACUAGUAGUACUAUGUUUGUUGCCUCAGCUGAGACAAAGCAGAAAUGGUAUGGAUCUGGUGGAUUUAAUAAACAUGAAAGGUCCUCUGUUACUGAAGAUGAAUGGAAUAAGGAGAGUAAAUUAGCAAAGACAAGUGAUGAUUUUUCAUCUUCUAAAGCUACUAUGAUGUUUCAGCAGCUUCCAAUUUCUCAUGAGAAUCAGCAAAUGCUUAGCUUUUCUACACCCAACUCUCAAAAUCAUGUCACAAUGCCUUAUUAUAAUCAACACCCUACAAGUGCUUUUGCUAGAAACACUUCAGGCUAUGGUAGUGGAGCUUUGAAUGCUGGAAAUAUGCAUGGGCUAAUAGCAGGGGUGAAAGGGCCAUUCACUCCAUCACAAUGGAUGGAGCUGGAGCAUCAGGCCUUGAUCUACAAGUACAUCACUGCAAAUGUUCCAAUACCCCCUUAUCUCCUCAAUCCUAUAAGAAAAGCUCUUGAAUCUGCUGGUUUCACAACUUUUGCAGGCCUUAGACCCAAUGCUUUGGGAUGGGGUGCUUUCCAUCUAGGAUUCUCUAAUAGCAAUGAUCCAGAACCAGGAAGGUGUAGGAGAACAGAUGGUAAAAAAUGGAGGUGCUCAAGAGAUGCAGUUGCUGAUCAAAAGUAUUGUGAGCGACACAUGAACAGGGGCCGCCAUCGUUCAAGAAAGCCUGUGGAAGGACAAACUGGCAAUUCUGCCUCUGGAAACAACACCGCUGCUACUACUACUUCUGCCAAGCUGACAAACAUGUCAUCUGCAGCAUCAGCAGCUUUGGCUUCCGGAGGGGGCGCUGCUGCAUCGAACACUCUCAAUCUCUCUCAUCACAAUCAACUCUCCAACUUGCAGCCUGCUGGAACUAAUCUGUCCACAACAUCCCCUUAUCUUGAGAGGAGUUAUACAGCCAAGGAAAAUUUUGGUGAAAGGUAUUCGGAUACAAAAGGCUCUUCAGUUGUUUCACCAAGUGUUAAAGAGCCCCAAUAUUCAAACCAGAAGGAGCAGAAUCCCUAUGGAUUAACCUCCAGGGCCGAAUUCGGAUUAGUUUGUGCAGACUCUUUGAUCAAUCCCUUGAAUAAAAACUCUUCGCUAGUUAACUGCCGUGGCUAUGUCAAUUCAGAUGUCAGAGAUCAAGAAAGGAAAUCACAGCAUCAUCCACUUCGGCAGUUCAUGGACGAGUGGCCCAAAAACCAAUCUGAUCAAUCCAAUGUUUCAUGGCCAGACAUUGAUUUGCAGUCAGAUCCAACCCAGCUCUCCAUUUCUAUCCCUUUAGUCACAUCAGACUUCAUGUCUUCGACUUCCUCUCCUGCGAAUGACAAGCUCACGGCCUCACCACAUAGGUCUCGGGAACAUGAAGCAACUCAAAUGGGACUAGGCAUUGGUACCAUCAUCAGUGAACAUAACCAAAGACAAGGAAGUUGGAUUCCUAUAUCAUGGGAAUCUUCCUUGGGUGGACCUCUUGGAGAGGUCUUGCAUAGCACUAAUAGCAGCUCAGGCGAUUGCAAGAACAAGUCAGCUCUUAAUCUCAUGACCGAAGGAUGGGAUAGAAGCCCUCGGAUGGGAUCAUCACCAACCGGAGUCUUACAAAAGUCCUCCUUCGGUUCCCUUUCCAACAGCAGUGCAGGGAGCAGUCCUAGAGCAGAACACAGUUAGACAACGAACGAAGGCUCCAGUCUUUGUAAUGGCCUUCUUGGAACAACUCUUAUGAAUCCAACCCUACCUGCCAUGUAAUAUGUAAAACUAGGAAUAUGCUAUUUUGUAACUCAAGAAGUGAGCUAUUUCCCUUUUUCCCCUUAAUGCUCACACCCUUUGCCAAAUCUAGUAUGUACUCAAGAUAUUAAAUGACU